CAAGUGGGGAUCUCUUUCUCUCUAAUUUUACUCUGCCUUCCAUUUAUAUCCUUUUUCUUCUUCUCUAGAUUCCUUCCACAAACCUCUCUCUCUCUCUCUAAGCUCUGUUAUCUUCUUCUUCGAUCUUCUCCAAUGGCCAUAACUCUCCGUUCAUCAGAUCCACUCUCCCGAAUCCACCCCGAACCCGAACCGUUAAAACAACAAAUCGACCACUUCGAUCACCUCCCUGACUCGAUCCUCCUCCUCAUCUUCAACAACAUCGGCGACGUCAAAUCCCUUGGCCGUUGCUGCGUCGUCUCCAAGAGAUUCCAUUCCUUAAUCCCUCAAGUCGAGAAUGUCGUCGUUCGUGUCGAUUGCGUUAUCUCCGACGACGAUGGUUCCUCUAUCGUCUCUGAUAAGCCUCGAUCCGUUGCUUCCGUUGCCGCUACUCCUUUCUCUGCUCUCUAUCGUCUUAUGAUUAAGCCGUUACAAGCUUUGGGUCAGUUCCUUAAACGCUCAGGUUCCGCUUCUUCUUCUUCUUCUUCGUCUUCGUCUUCUUCAGCUUCGUCGUCUUCUCCUUCCUCGUUGUUGAUUAGUGGCGGUGGUGAUGAUGGUGAGAUUGAACAAGGAGGUGUGACGCAUCAUUCUCCCACUCAGGUUUUGAAAAACUUCGAUGAGAUUCGGUUUCUUCGAAUCGAGCUUCCUAGUGGUGAAUUGGGUGUUGACGAUGGUGUUUUGUUGAAAUGGAGAGCUGAAUUUGGCUCUACGCUUGAGAAUUGUGUGAUCCUCGGUGCUUCCUCUGUGAUUCCGGCGACUAAUUCCGAUACUACCGUUGAUCUGAGUAGCAGUAACAACAACGCGGUGGUGGAGGAUAAUGGAAGUAUCCCUGAAUCGUUUUACACAAACGGAGGGCUAAAGCUUCGUGUGGUAUGGACUAUAAGCUCUUUGAUCGCUGCAUCCGCGAGACAUUACUUGUUGCAGCCGAUUAUAGCAGAGCAUAAGACGCUUGAUACUUUGGUGCUUACUGAUGUCGAUGGACAAGGAGUACUGUGUAUGAAUCGAGAUCAGUUGGAAGAACUGAGGGUGAAACCAUUGUCAGCUUCUUCGGCUUCUAAGAGGACUCUUGUGCCUGCUUUGAAUAUGAGGCUAUGGUAUGCUCCUACUUUGGAAUUGCCCGAUGGGACGGUCUUGAAAGGAGCUACGCUUGUGGCGAUUAGACCCAGUGAGUCGAAGAAAGAGGUUUCUGAUGUGUCUUGGGUUUCUUCUGCUUUUGAUGAGCCUUAUGGAGUAGCUGCUAAGAUGCUGGUUAAGAGAAGGACUUAUUGUCUUGAGAUGAAUUCGUUCUAAAAGCUGCAAGAUUUCGCAAAAGUCGGAUAUAAGGUGCAUGUAUCACAAAGGCUAACCAGGUUUUGAAAGAGACUACUACAAUGCAGAAAGAUAAGUUUUGUAUGAAGUGUGACUAAUGCUAGAUUCACCAAAUGGUGCUCAAUGCUUGGUCUCUUGGAAGGUUCGGAUUCCGUGUGCUUGGACACCGGUGAAACCCACAUUCGCUGGCUGCUUUUUUUUGUUUCAGCUCGCAAAGCAAUCGUGUAAGAAGAGCAAGUUUGUAUCUUAUAAAAUCUUCAAUGUGUUUUAUUUUUCUUUCAUUAUUAUGUGAAUAUAAAAUUUGUAGGUAAGAGAUACAGUUGCUUUGCUUUCUACUUGUUCUUUUGUAUACUUCUCCCAAAGUUGUUAUAAAAAUAAAAAAAAAUUGAGUAAUGUAAUAAGUACUACUUGUUCGUGAUUCCUUUUA